AUGUCUGGUAAACCUCGGCCCCCUCUUCCUUUAACACCCGACCAAAAACAACAAAUUGCUCAAGAUCGAAAUCAAAAUGUAGUUGGAAAAAAUGGUGACAAUACGGAUGAAUAUACUCCUAAUAAAUUCUAUAAUGAUGAUGGAUUAUCUAGGACUUCCGAACGAAGAGAUCAACCACAAAGACGGCGGAGUGAUAAUCGUUCACGUCAAUACCAACAAUAUGCUCAAUACGCUCAAAAUAUUACUGCAUCACCUCAAGAUUCAAAUCAGUCUCCUCAAAAUUUUGUUGAACAGGAUGCUUCUGAUGAAUCUUUAACAACUCCUGAUGCUACAG